AUGGCGACUCAUACGGCGACCAACCUAACCAGUUCGGAAACGAGAGUUACUGAGUGUACUGAGUUCCCUCCUAACGUUCAUUCGCCAGGCCUGUACUCGGGAAACUACACAGAUAGGGAUCAUCAGAUGUAUACCCUUCCAAAUCUGGAGAUACAGAUGAUUUUAAUUUUUAUCAUCACCCAAGCCUUCUAUUACGUUUUUCGCUAUUUUGGAGUUCCAAGCCAAGAAUCACUUGGUCUUCUGGCUGAGUUGGGUUAUGGGCUCUUUAUGUUUCUAGUUGGAGUGAAAAUGGAUUUGGGAAUGAUAAAAAGGACAGGAAAAAAAGGCUUGUGCACUGGUGUUGCAUGCGUCGUGGCGCCUUUGCUAGUCAGUAUGGCUGUCCAAGCCACACUCGACGCUAAAAUCUUCAGCCUAACCCGUCACGAACAGUUCGAACUUCCAUUCGUAACUCAGUUACAUUCAAUUACUCCAUUUCCGGUUGUGGCUUGCCUUCUUGAGGAGCUGAAAAUUCUGAAUUCGGAGAUUGGUCGAUUAGGCAUGUCUGCUGCAUUAGUCGGUGACAUGAUCAGUGUGUUCCUUCAAUUUAUGGGGCAAGUUGCUAGAAUUGGAAAAGUGUCUAUUGAACCAAGGGACAUGAUAACAGCCAUAGCAAUAGCCGUUGGCUAUGUUACCAUUGUUAUUAUCAUAAUUCGACCAAUAAUGUUGUGGAUGAUCAGGCAGACCCCGGAAAAUAGGCCUGUCAAGAAAGGCUAUGUCAAUAUGACCAUCAUCCUUGUGCUCCUAUCCGGCCUGUUUUCGCAUCUUUAUGGUCAGGGUUUUUAUUUCGGCCCUUUUAUAUUUGGUUUGGCUGUUCCAGCCGGACCACCAUUGGGAUCAGCUAUUGAAGAAAAGCUCAACUUGUUCGUUUCUGAUGUGAUGCUUCCCAUCUUUGUGACUACAAGUGCUAUGAGGACAAAUUUUUGGUCCCUUGAACAUUUCUUAACUGACCAAUUUGCACAAAUCAAUGGAAUCCUCAUGCUCGUCGCUCUCGUGACCAAAUUCAUUGCCAGUCUGACUGUUCCCUUGUACUGCAAAAUGCCCUUCGUUGAUGCCUUAUCAAUUGCUUUCAUUUUGUCCUGCAAAGGCAUUGUCAACCUUGCCUCCUAUACCGACUUCAGAGACAGUCAGGACAUCAGCGAAUCAGCAUUUGCUUUGGCGAUGACCAGCGUCAUCGUGACUGCAACUCUUAUGCCCAUCCUGGUGAAUUUCUUGUAUGAUCCUUCAAGAAAAUACGCCGGCUACCAGAGAAGGAAUAUGAUGCAUUUGAAACCCAAUUCUGAGCUCAGAAUACUUGCUUGCAUUCAUAGGUCAGCUAACAUGCCUGCACUCAUCAAUCUACUUGAUGCAGCAUGUCCAUCUAGAGACAACCCGAUUGCUGUUUAUGUUCUUCAUCUCAUUGAAUUAGUGGGCAGAGCCUCUCCUAUUUUUAUCUCCCACCAAAUGCAGAAAAAAUCUACUUCCAAUACUUCAUACUCGGACAAUGUCAUUCUUUACUUCAAUCACUUUCUUAGAGAAAAUCUUGGUGGUGUAUCUUUAAGCAUCUUCACAGCAAUCUCUCCACCAAAAUACAUGCAUGAAGACAUAUGCACCCUAGCAUUGGACAAACUUUGUUCAUUAAUUGUGCUCCCAUUUCACCGAAGAUGGUCAAUGGACGGGUCAGUGGAAUCAGAAGACAACAGCGUAAGAAACCUGAAUUGCAGUGUCUUAGAAAGAGCCCCAUGUUCGGUUGGAAUCCUUGUAGACCGCGGCCAUUUAGGACAGUCCACCUCCAUUGUUGCACCCGAGUCAUCCUUCUCCGUGGCUAUAAUCUUCUUGGGAGGGAAAGACGAUAGGGAAGCAUUGUCAUUUGCCAAAAGAAUGGCAAACGACUCCACAAUAAGCCUAACGGUGAUCCGACUUGUUGCCGCAAACUCUGUAGCUUGCACGGAUUGGGAUAGUGUACUUGAUACCGAGGAAAUGAAGGGCUUUAGAUAUAACGAUGUAGGUGAGGGUUUUGUGAUAUACUUGGAGGAGAUUGUGAAAGAUGGGCCUCAGACGGCUUUAGUGCUUCGGUCUAUGGUGGAUGAGUUUGACCUAAUUAUAGUUGGGAGAAGGCAUAUGGUGCAGUCCCAGCAGACGGCAGGGCUUUCGGAAUGGAGUGAAUUUCCAGAGCUAGGGACUCUAGGGGACUUGCUUGCAUCACCAGACAUCAAUUGUAGAGCUUCAAUUCUGGUGAUGCAGCAACAAAGGAUGAUGACAUAA